AUGGCCAUAUCCAGGGCUGCUGGAAGAAAGUUGUACUAUGGGAUCAAUGUCGUCGCCGGUUUGGCGAUUUUCUUCUUCGGUUACGACCAGGGAAUGAUGGGUGGGGUAAACACCUCCCCGCAUUACGUCGAUACGAUGAAUCUUGGAUAUUCCACUUACGAAGGAGACUCGGAAGGCUAUGUCGUCAAGAUCACGAACCCCACACGACAGGGAGGUAUCGUCAGCAUAUACUAUCUCGGAACCCUCAUUGGGUGUAUAAUUGCCGGAGUGACGGGCGAUCGACUCGGUCGUCUGAAAACGAUGUUUAUCGGUUGUCUCUGGGUCAUGGUUGGAGCCGCUUUGCAGUGCUCUGCACAAAACCUGGCAUGGAUGCUCUGCGCGAGAGUGAUCAAUGGUAUUGGAACAGGGUAUCUCAACGCAAUCGUCCCCGUUUGGAGUGCAGAGGUUGCUACGCAUACAUCCAGAGGCGCCUUCAUCGCAAUAGAAUUCACCCUAAAUAUUUUCGGAGUCGUCGUUGCUUAUUGGCUAGAAUUCGGUCUUGGAUUUGUUGGAGACGGUCGCUCUCAGGUCAGAUGGAGAUUUCCCAUCGCUUUUCAGAUCCUUCCCGUCAUCAUUUUCAUGUUUGCUCUCUUUCACAUGCCUGAAUCCCCCCGUUGGCUUGUAAAAGCAGGUCGGCUUGAGGAAGCACAAGCCGUUCUUCGACGCCUUCGCUACGUAGAACCAGAUACCAAAGGAGAGAAAGACCACUCGGUCGCAGACAAGGAGUUUGAGGCCAUUGCGGAGGUUGUGGAGCUGGAGAAGAAGCAUUCGAAGAUGAACAGUUAUUGGAAUAUGUUCUGGGGGAUUGGGUCUGGAGAUCUACACAUCGCUCGUCGGGUUCAACUGAGUAUCUGGUUACAGAUAUUGCAAGAAUGGGUAGGUAUUGCAGCGAUCACCGUUUACGCCCCUAUUAUAUUCUCUGAAGCUGGCUACGGUGCUCGUAAAUCACAAUGGCUCUCCGGAUUGAACGAUGUGACUUAUUGCCUUUCAACUUUCUUCGCUAUUUACACAAUCGACCGAUGGGGCCGCCGUAUUGGACUGUGGUGGGGAGCCAUAGGUCAGGGCAUCUCAAUAAUCCUCGCGGGAGUGUUCUCCCGACUACUGAAAGAUCACCCUGACAAAGCCGCACAAUACGGCGGUGCAGCGGCCUUCUUUGUGUUCCUCUACACUGCAAUAUUCGGAGCUACGUGGUUGACUAUCCCUUGGGUGUACCCUACGGAGACUUUCCCACUAGAAGUGCGUGCCAAAGGGAACGCAUGGGGUGUCGUUGGAUGGAGCAUCGGUAAUGGCUGGCUCAUGAUGCUGAACCCAGUCAUGUUCGAUAACAUCGCCGAGAAAACCCUUUACAUCUUUGGCGCCAUCAACUUCCUGUGCAUCCCCAUAGUGUGGGCAUUCUACCCGGAGACAGCUAACCGCACCCUGGAAGAGAUGGACCUACUCUUUGCAAGCAAAAGCCCAUUCGUGUGGGAUGAAGAGAAGUACUUCAGGAAGCUCAAGGAAGACAGCAAACGCAUGCCUGACAUGCCGGAAGGGUCGCGUAAUGAGAGCAUUUAUUCUGAAUCUCAAGAAGAAAAGGCAUGAAGAAUCUCGAUUCCUCGUACCUUUUACGCUGUCACGGAUAUGAACGAAAUGAAAUGCCUUUAUCAACGUCCAGAUCUAAGAAGUUUAUGGUAGAAUACACGACGAAAGCCACAAUUAAAGAAAAAAGAAAAUCGUGAAAGGAAAAGUCCGACUCUCGUGCAGCUACUGCUUGUAGGCCUCCUGAACAGGGACAUGCAUCAGUAUAUGAUCGAGAUGGUCCAGAUAGAUAAAGACCCACUUUGAUCUCAGACGCGAACUGCUUCGCGAUGGCGCUCCUGUUGAUCUUCUGUGCUGCAGUGACCAACCCACUCUCCGGCGUCCACUCGUCUGGUGUCAAAAUAACAGCUUGCAAUAACUCCAUCGUCUUGAAGCCUGAUUUCUUUCCGAUAGCGUUACACUCCUUCAAAACCAGUGACACAACCUUCUUAUUGUGACAUAGGAUGCCCAGACCAUCCUUGCCAUUGACAUCUACAAAGGAAGAUAAAACGGACUGCUAAA